UGUCAUCCACGUAAACAUGAUCACGAAGAAGAAAUUAAUAGUUGGCUUUUUCUGCUAGGCCAAAGAAAAAUUUACAUUUACAUCAGUGCUGCUCCUGUGGUUCACCUUCUUAUUUAAGAGGCAAGCUUGUCUUUUUGUUUGACAGUAAGAGCACAAAAAGAAACUAACAAAGUUUACCGAUUAUUUAUUUCCUGAUUAAAUUUAGACAUUUUUACCAACAUAAUCUGGUUUAUUUCUCUGGUUUUUGACUGGUACUGCUGUUACCCCCCAUUUUCAAUUGAUCUUUUGAUACUCAUCUGUAUCUUUUACAUCCUCUUAAAUGCAGUCAAGUACAUUUUUGGCAUCAUUUGAAUUCCGUAAAUCAAAGAGAAGUAAAUUCAAACAGUUAAAAAUGUGAUUAUUUAACCCCAGAAUUGUUAUUUUAUCCCUUACAUGUUCAAAGAGGUGAGCCCAUAUUUCUAAAUGCUCAGAAUUCAACCAACAAUGACGACUCUUAAUUGAUUUAUCCCCUUGAAAGCCAAAACUUUACUUCCCCGGUGAAGUACGAUGUUUCAUUACAUUCUUUGCUCAGCUAACAGUAAAUUUAUAACCCACCACCAUCCUGAUGGAACCAUUUUUCACUUGUCCAACGCUCUCCUUGAUGUUGUAAUUCUGCUCUACCAGAGCACAUAAUCCCAUAAAUUUCAAGGAACAUGUGAAAAAAAAAGUUCAAGUAGCUCUUUGGCUCCAAAGGGAACACAGUUUGAUUUAUAGCCUCUGUGAUCACAUGUUCGUGUCCCCCACCAUUCCUUUCUUAAAGUUUUGGCCACCAAAUAGUGAUAAAUGAUCAUAUUAGGCAGGGUUUUCAUUAUGAGCAGGCCCCCUGCUGGUUGCAUUAGUGGAGCUUUUCUUUUUUUUUCCUUUGAGAAGGAAGAUGAUCUCCUUUCAUGCAGGACAGAAUUAAGCAUACCCCCAACCAGAGUGUGAAAUUGGGCAGUUGAAAUCAUUUCAAGCGAGGAGGAGCCCAUACUCAGAGGGAAAGUUUGUUUAAAGAUGAGCAGCUCAAAACCCAAGUGACGUCAAUUAUACUUUUUUUUUUUUUAUAGGCUUGAAACUACGUGAGGUUUGUGUUUUUUUCUGUUUUUACCUCGAGAGUUGCGGUGACCCUCCCGACAUCCCGUCUUAAACCAACCACCAUUUAUAGCCUCGCGGUCACAAACAAUCUUAUUAUGAGAUUUAAACUUUGCCUCGACGUGUCUGACUGAAGGAUGAACAUGAGCUGCUCUCGCAGUUAUUCCCCCUCCUGAUACCCUGGAAAAACCUGCCUUCCUUACACGCCUCCUUUGAUUGCGGUUAAACGCUGGUGUCAGCUCUCGGUGCGACAGAAAGACCCCAAAAGCAGCAGGACUCUUCAGAAUACAGAAAAGACGAGCGGCGAGAGGAGCUCAGCCUUCAACCGCAUCUGUGGAUCUGUGAGGCUGCGCACCGGCGCGCGUCCUCCGCCCGAGAACAUUUGGAUUCCUCCUUUUGACAUGUUCCUUUUAGACUCCUCUUCAGAUCCGGUGAGCUGUCAGCUCCUGCCACCGUGAAGCAGAGUUUACCAUCGAAAUCAGGGAACGUCUGCACGGCUGGAGGCCACCGGGGAUGCUUUCUCACACCGAGGAUUCCAGCCCAGAUUACAGAGGUUAUUCUUCUGUGCACAUGAGUCACAGUGAGGAGGGAGCUGACAGAUUCACCAAGAUGAGGCUGUUUAAUGAGGUUUACUUCUGAAGGAAAAAAAGCACAAGCAAAGCUGAAGUGGAGGAAUCUGUUUUUGAACAUCGCCACAAGUAAACUGCAGACGAGUCUCAAUGAAACAAACCAAGAAGAGAUACCCCACAUUUAUCUGCUGAUGCUUCAGGACAAUAUUCAUCCUCAAUCAUCCAUCAAUGCAGCAGCGACAAAUAAAAGGACUGGCCCUGAGAGCAGCCGAACAUCCAGCUGAUUUUCUGACAAGGUCCCUUAAAAGGUUUUGAAACAGUGGCAUUGCUCUCCUUUGAUACUUUUUGGCCCUGCACAUGACUCUCAAAGAAGCACCGAUGGCCUGCAGCUCAGGCACGGUGAUGAGUGCCUUGUUUUGGUCUGUAACCAUUGUAUAUUUGACUCAUGUUGGCAGAGUGAAUGGAGACUGCUGGUUAAUCGAAGGAGAAAAGGGCUUUGUCUGGCUUGCAAUUUGUAGCCAAAACCAACCACCAUUUGAGGCCAUCCCACAGCAUAUCAACAGCACCAUCGUGGACCUUCGUCUAAAUGAAAACAAAAUAAAAAGUAUCCAUUAUUCUGCCCUUAGCCGCUUUGCCAACUUAACCUACCUGAACUUGACCAAGAAUGAAAUUUCCUACAUAGAGGAUGGGGCCUUCUCUGCUCAGUUCAACCUACAAGUACUUCAGAUGGGCUUCAACAAGCUACGGAACCUGACAGAGGGGAUUCUUCGGGGUCUGGGAAAGCUGCAGUACCUCUACCUCCAGGCAAACCUGAUUGAGACUGUGACACCUAAUGCCUUCUGGGAGUGCCCAAACAUCGAGAACAUCGAUCUCUCCAUGAACCGCAUCCAGCAGUUGGAUGGGUCCACAUUCACCAGUUUAACGAAACUCACCACCUGUGAGCUGUACACCAACCCUUUCAACUGCUCCUGUGAGUUACUGGGAUUUGUGAAAUGGCUCUCAGUUUUUCCAAACCGUACCAAUGAGCGUAUGGUGUGUGACUCCCCGCCUGGCGUCUCAGGAUACAGUUUACUGAGCCAGAAUCCCAACAACCCAACGUACCGAAAUGCCCUCCACAUGCUGACGACUGUGUGUACCGACGACUACGUGACACCAUUCAUCUCCAUUUCCAUUGAGUCCACAACAAUACCACCCGACUCAACGCUUUGUGGGAUGGAUGAAUGUCCCUCAGGCACCGAACCAGACGACAUUACUGUUAGCACCACGGAAAACGAAGUGCAAGGAAAACUUAAGAUGGAACUGAAGGAAAUAACAAAAGCAGGGGCAACAAUUACUAUCCAGAUUCCUGAUCCAUACAAAAAGAUGUACAUUCUGGCUCUUUACAACAACAGCUUCUUCACAGAUAUUCAAAACCUGAAAGACAAAAAGGAGGACAUUGAGCUAAAAAACCUGAAACCCCACAUCAAUUACACGUACUGCAUCGUUUCAAUACGCAACUCUCUAAGACACAACCACACUUGCCUAAUAGUUUCUACAAACCCUCGGAAUGGAAAGGAAAGAAUUGUAAAUAAUGCGACAGCUACUCACUACAUUAUGACAAUUUUAGGCUGCCUCUUUAGUAUGGUCAUUUUUCUUGGGGUUGUUUACUACUGCCUGCGAAGAAAGCGCCAGCAAGAUGAAAAGCACAAAAAAGCAGGCAGCCUAAAGAAAAACAUAAUGGAACUGAAGUAUGGACAGGAACUGGAAGGUGGGACUAUUUCUCGCAUGUCACAGAAGCAGUUAUUGGCUGGGGAGAGCAUGGGAAGAAUGCCAUACCUACCAUCUGCAGGUGAAAUGGAGCAGUAUAAAUUCCAGGAGAUAAGUGAGACUCCUAAAAUGAUCAAGGGGAACUACAUGGAUGUCAGAAGUAUGGAUCACCACGAGCGUAGAGAGUGUGAUCUUGGAAUGGCCGGGAACAGUCAAGGAUCAGUGGCUGAAAUAUCCACCAUUGCAAAAGAGGUGGAUAAAGUCAAUCAGAUCAUCAACAACUGCAUAGAUGCCCUUAAGUCUGAAUCCACUUCAUUUCAGGGGGUUAAAUCUGGAGCCGUGUCCACCGCAGAACCCCAGCUUGUCCUAUUAUCAGAGCACCCCCAGAACAAAUCUGGUCUUUUAUCCCCAGUUUAUAAAGAUAGCUACCACCACUCUCUGCAGAGGCAUCGCAGUUCCGAUGUCUCUCCUAAGAGACCCAGCACUGCCACAGGAGGACCCAUGAGAAGCCCAAGGCCUUAUCGCUCUGAAUCCAAGUACAUAGAAAAGACGUCCCCAACUGGAGAGACCAUCCUCACUGUAACACCAGCUGCUGCCAUCCUCAGGGCUGAGGCAGAGAAGAUCCGCCAAUACAGUGAGCACAGGCACUCAUACCCCGAUGCUCAGAUAGAAGAACUGGAAGGACCCGACAGCCACAAGUUAUUGGAUCCUCUCACCCACUCCCGCUCCAGAGACUUAGCGUUUUCUCAAAUGCCAUCUCAGUAUCACAAUCUAAGCUACUCCUCCAGUCCCGAAUACUACUGCAAACCCUCACACAGCAUCUGGGAGCGCUUCAGACUCCACCGAAAACGCCAUAAAGAUGAGGAGUACAUGGCUGCUGGGCAUGCACUGCGAAAGAAAGUCCAGUUUGCAAAGGACGAGGACCUGCAUGACAUUUUAGACUACUGGAAAGGAGUUUCAGCUCAACAUAAAUCAUAACCCAUUUAGGUGUUUUUAAAAUGGACUUUAUUUUGUUGAAAUGACACAUGAACCUCCUCCGACGACUAAAAAUCAGUGGAUACUUUCAUAUUAUAAUCAGCUAGUCACUCGCGCGUAACAUUCUCUCUUGACUGUGAAGAAAAUGGGGUGAAGAUUCUUUGAAUUUGUCACAUUGUGUAAAGCAUUCACCAGGAGAAAUUUAUUGAGAAUAAUAAUAUAUAUAUAAAUAUAUGUUACAGUGGAUAAUAGGUUUUGGGUAUCGCAUGGCCAAGUCCUGUGACAGUGGAUUUGCUGUUGUGUACUAUGGAACUACUCUACGAAGAUACUGACACCUCGACAUUUUUUGAGAACUAUCUGGACCCAUUUGAACAAAACACUUUUUCCCUCCUCCUUGCAUAUAUUUAAUUCAUAACUAUGUACAGAUAUGGGUUUCUAUAUUUGCAAUGUUUGCUGUGUAAAUGGUGAAUUGUUAGUGGAUGAAUCAGGUUUAUCAAACAUAUAGGUUAUCUUGUGUUUUUGCUGCGGAAGGGCGAGUCUAUUUUAAACCAACAUUUGUCAUUUUAAACUCGUCGCCACCUGUUGUGCGUCCUUUUGUUUUGUUAACGGUUUGACACGAUUCAAGCGGAUUCGGUUCUAAGACCCCUGAAUCACACUGUGCGUACUUCACCGGAUGGAUCCUGACGGACUUCCUGCUGACUAAAGUGCAGCAUAAAUCAUGCAGUGGUGAGCAUCUGUUCCAACGGUUGCAGAAACCAUUUUUUUUAGAACCAAAGUGAAAAAAUAACGGAAAUGUUUACAAAAUCCCUGCAAGAUCUGAAGAUCACACAAACAAAAAGGGGGAAGCGUGAAUUUACAUCCAUUUGAUUUUUUUUUUUUUUUUUAGACCUUUCCUUACAAGAUCAUCUGAAAAGUAUCCAAACACAGGAUAUGACAUGAAAGCCUACUAUUAAUCUUGAGUAUUUCAAAGGGAAGGCAGCUGUUCUUUGUCAAUUGUUGCUUUUAGGUACACAGACAGCUGUUCUGCCCUGCAGGGGAGCCCGAUGGAUGAAUGUAAUAGAUACAUAUUCUGAUCUGUCUACGGCAGCUUUUAUGUACAUUUUCAAGAGAAAUAUUUAUUUCAUGCUAUUAACAACUGUGUUUUUUUGUUUGGUUUUUAUCUCCAGUGUAUUAUAUUGCAUAACGUGUAACCUAAUAAAUAACAGAGGGUAGUUUGUUAUUCAGAUGGGCCUUGUCGCUUGCUGAGAGGUUAUAUGUUAUUUUUAUCCGCUUAGGCUGUUGAACCUUUUUUGUAAAUUAUGAAAGCUAAAUACAAGAUAAUUAUUAAACAUGCUAGAGUUAAAUUUGAGAAUGUGACACUGAAUCUUCUGACUUACUGGCUGUGAUUUUGUAUAUCCUGAUAUGUUUGUUUGUUAUUUUGUUUUGGUAACUUUUUUUUUUUUUUUUUAUUCCAACCAGGCUCAUGAUGUUUCAUCAUAUAUUUCUAAAUAGGGGAUAAAUGUAAAAAAAAAAUUUAAUGUUAUAUUUGUGCGUUUUUGGUGUAUAACGUCAUAUCAGUCAAGACUAACCUUAAUUUCCAAAUUUAGUUUUUUUUUAAAAAGACAUGACCCAAAGUCUUCCAAUGUUUUUAUAUAUAAAUACAAGAAACAUUAUGGCCAUACUAUUAUUAUUAUUAUUAUUAUUUAGGUUUUCAGCUUAAAUUUAGUAAAAUUUUUUGGGAAAACCAACCUUACAGUCAAGAAAAGACCAUCAACAGACUACACAUUAUAGAAAAAAAUGCUGUAUUUAUCUCCAAUUCCCAACAAAUCCUCAUUUUUGAGUUUUCAUUUGAAUAGGGUUAGAUUUAGUCAUGCGCAAGCUGUUGGAAAAUGAUUUUUCGGUUCAUGUGCUUAAACUGAGCUGCUUCAGACAAUUCUUGAUUUAUUAACAUUUCCAUCUAAGCUGAACAUAAAGUUCAUAAUUAGCAAAAAUAAAGUUAUAGAGGGGAUUGAGAUUUCAAAGUCUGACUUGUAAUUUUCUACUAUAAAGUUCAUAAAGUUUUGCUGCAGGUGUAACGAUACACAAUUAUGAAUCCAUUUUAAAAUGUUUGUGUGCGUAUCAUAAGAUUAAGUCGGACUGUUAUGAUGCUGUUAUUUUCCAUAAAUGAGAAAUCAUGAGCCUGUUGUGGAUCUUUAAUGUAAGCACCUUGUUAUUCUUUAACUGGGUCGUCUGACUUAAUAUUUCAACCGCCUUAAGAUUUUGGGAUUUGUGUAAAUGUAAAUUACUUUUUUUUAUUUCUUAUAUUGUCAUUCAGACUCCAUUUGUUACUUUUAUAAAUGCAUUUCACAGUUUUCUGAGAGCUGUCAGGGUUUUAGUUCAUUUAGCUAUUUACCGACAUGUUUUUAUACUGCAUAUUGUAGCACUUCUGUGUCUAAUAAGAGUUUAAAAUAUUGAGAAUACCUUUAGAAGAAUCAACAGUUGAUGUUCAAGUGCAUCAAGAACAAACAAGAGCACAAUAUUGUGUUUUUUAUUCAUUUCCUAAUGCUAUGUUAUCUGCUUUCGGAAAAAGUACUGUGAAAUAAAGUCAAGGGUGCACAUAAGAUCA